AUGGCUUCCCAGGGAACUCCAUUAUCUAGCAAUGACCAUUUAAUGCUUUGCUCCGAACCUCAAAGCUCUCUUUCCUUUCUCCCCGGACCAUGGGUCUCCAAAUGGACUGGACUUAUCCUGAAAUAUCAUGCCAUAAAGGGCAACAAAGCCAAAUAUGUCCAUGGUCUGCACCGGAAAUACGGCCCUAUUGUCCGCGUCAGCCCUGACGAAGUCGACAUCUCCGAUCCAGAAGCUGCCAGAAAGAUCCAUCGCGUUGGGACUGGCUUUCUGAAGUCAGCAUGGUAUCAAGGGUCCACUAUAGAGGGCGAGAAUGUAUUCAACACCAGAGAUCCAACGUUCUAUAAUGCACGCCGACGCCUUCUAUCGACGCCUCUAUCGAAUUCAUCCCUGCAAUCAGUUGAGCCAAUCAUCAACUCCAGUGCCCGGCUUGCAAUCCAGAAGAUGCAGGAGGAAAUGGAAAGCCGUGGCGCCGUUGAUGUUUUCAAAUGGUGGAAUUUUCUGACCGCUGACCUGAUUGGAGAGCUCACGUUUGGCGAUUCAUUCCGAAUGCUCGAGAAGGGAGAGACGAAUCAAUAUAUUACAGACUUGCAGACUCUUAGCAGCACGCAGGGUUUUCGGGCACUUUUCUCUCCCCUAACGAGCCUGCUCGGUCUGAUCCCAAUGGACUUCUUUCAAGGCAUAAGGCAGGCAGCUUUCAGGUUACUGCUCUACGGUGAACAAUCUAUUCAGCGAUACCGGAAGCAGAUGGCCCUUCAGCCUGACAACCCCAAACCAACAUUGUUUACCAAGUUAUUCAAUGCUGGCCAAGAUGGCCUCCCUGAUGCCGCAAUCAAGGAUGAAGCAGUCAACUUCAUCAUUGCUGGAAGCGAUACAACUGCUAUCACGUUGACAUAUCUAGUAUGGGCUGUUUGUCGGGACAGCAAAGUCAGAGAAUCGCUGUUACGGGACCUCGCUGCACUGCCAGAAGACUUCAGCGAUCGCGAAACCCUCCAGUUGCCAUAUCUUGAUCGUGUCAUUAAUGAAACCUUGCGUGUUUAUGCCCCUGUUCCGACUGGCCUGCCGCGGACUGUACCAAAUGGCGGAGCCACUCUGGCAGGCCACUGGAUUCCAGCAGGAGUGACGGUCACCACCCAGGCAUACAGUCUUCAUCGGCAUCCCAGCGUUUUUCCUCACCCUGAAAGAUUCAACCCCUCUCGCUGGGCUACCCUAGCCACCGAACUCAAGGGCGCAUUCAUGCCGUUUGGUGGAAUGUCCCGCAUCUGUCUAGGCCAGAAUCUGGCUCGCAUGGAGCUUCGUCUUGCAACCGCUUAUUUCUUCCGGGCCUUUCCAAAUGCGACAGUUUCGGCUCUGGAAAACAUGAGCGACGUGGACAUGGAUCCGGUAAUACACUUUUUAAUGUCGCCGAGGGGCAAGCGUUGCCUAAUCCAGGACUCCUAAGGAUACUUCGCCUACCAGGGUUGAGGUUGGGUUUUCAGUACCAGCUCUUGAAGCCUCAAAACAACCUGUAGCGGCAAAGAGCUGUUGUCUGGCUGGCUUAUAAUUUUUGAGUAUGGAUGUAGCACUAUCAACCCCCUACUACCGACCACCGUCGGUGGCCACGUCAUUCACCAUACAAUCAAUAGAUCUCGAUCAUUCGCAGGUGUCCAAGGAAGGAAAUUCCGAUUCUGCAAGGGUCUGUUAAAUUACACGACUCCCCAACGCAGGCGAGGUCGGCCGAGGCAAGGACUAGGCCACCGCCAGACCGCUGCCCAGGUGGUAGGACAAACUGAUCUAUAUAAGGCCUGUAGAUAUCAGUCUAGUUGUGGUCGUUA